GAAGCAGUCCUCAGAAUCUGAGAAACUCACUUCUAAACAGAAGUCCACACUCCACCACUGACAAAAUGACUCACUCCUGCUGCUCCCCGUGCUGUCAGCCCACCUGCUGUGAGCCCAGCUGCUGUCGGCCUUGCUGCCCCCCAGCUUGCUAUCACACUAGUGAAAACACCUGCUGUAGGACCACCUGCUGCAAACCCACCUGUGUGACCACCUGCUGUCAGCCCACCUGCAGUGGGUCCAGCUGCUGCCAGCCUUGCUGUCCCCCUGCCUGCUGUCAGACCACCUGCUGCAGGACCACUUGCCUCAAGCCUGUUUGUGUGACCACCUGCUGCCAGCCCACCUGCUGUGAGUCCACCUGCUGUCGUCCUUGCUGCCCACCAACUUGCUGUCAGACUAGUGAAAACACCUGCUGUAGGACCACCUGCUGCAAACCUACUUGUGUGACCACCUGCUGCCAGCCCACCUGCUGUGGAUCCAGCAGCUGUGGACAAACCUGCAGUGGGUCCAGGUGCUGCCAGUCUUGCUGCCAGCCAGCUUCCUGUGCACCCGUGUACUGCCACAGAACCUGCUACCACCCCACAUGCUGCUGCCUGCCUGGGUGCCAAGACCAGAGCUGUGGAUCCAGCUGCUGCCAGCCUUGCAGCCGCCCUGUCUGCUGUCAGACCACCUGCUGCAGGACUACCUGCUGCCGCCCUAGCUGUGUGUCCAGCUGCUGCCAGCCUUCCUGCUGCUGAUCACCUUGCCAAGGAGCCACUGUCCCUAUACAACACCUUCUAUUAAUUGACUUGCUACCUGGGCACAAACAAAAUCACUUCUUAGACUUUGCUGACAACUGGCAUGCUCUACCAGAAUUUCAGUUACUCAUCUCCUUGCUUAAGAGCUUGUGAAUUAGCUUCCUCCAAUUGUCUUCCUCUGGUGUAGGAGGACCAUGUGCCAACUUCCUGCAUCUGUGAUAAGGAAGCAUGUCUUGGUUUUGACUCUGAAAAUAGGAUUGACCAUCUAGUUCUUCUGAGUAACUUAAGAAAACGAGAUCUCAGAAUGUUUCUAUAGGUUUCUGCAGCCUAUCAUAAUCUUUAUAAUCAUAUUUUCUCUUUUGCUAUCCUCAUAGUUCUUGUAUCAUGCUUUCUCCUUUUACGAUCACUUUGACGUUUACACAUAUGUUUCUCAAUAAAUGGUGUACCACAAUU